UUACCUUUUUUUUAAAAAAAAAAAUUCCGAAAACAAAGUUGUGGGUUUUGAUGCAGGAGGAGGAAGAAGCAGGUUGGAUGCUUUAUGCCUGGCUGCUGAAUCCUCUACAAAGGGACAAUAUGAGGGAGAUUCAGCUGGGCGCACACACAGUUCAGUCUCAUGGUGUUAAAGUAGCAAAGUCUCACAAACAUGAUUGGGUUAUUCUCAUCUUCCUUGGAGUAAUGGUGAUAAUCUUAAAUCUAAUCCAUCCUUUUCACCGCUUUGUCAGUAAGGAUAUGAUGACUGAUCUGAGAUAUCCUCUCAAAAGUAAUAGUGUCCCUGUGUGGGCUGUUCCGAUGAUUACAGUAUUAUUGCCUAUUGCCAUAUUUGUUGGCUUCUAUUUUCGUAGGAGAGAUGUUUAUGAUCUUCAUCAUGCUAUACUAGGUAUCUUGUUCUCUGUGCUUAUAACUGGAGUCUUAACUGAUGCAAUCAAAGAUGCAGUUGGACGUCCUCGGCCUGACUUUUUCUGGCGAUGUUUUCCUGAGGGGAAAGAGGUGUAUGAUAAAGUAACUGGAAAUGCUAUCUGUAAUGGAGCUAAAAAUGUCAUAAAGGAAGGUUACAAGAGUUUUCCUAGUGGUCAUACUUCAUGGUCCUUUGCAGGCCUUGGCUUUCUUGCAUUGUAUUUGUCUGGGAAAAUCAGAGUGUUUGACCGUCGGGGUCAUGUGGCAAAGCUUUGCAUUGUUUUCCUCCCAUUACUUAUUGCAUGUAUGAUUGGAAUUUCACGAGUGGAUGACUAUUGGCAUCAUUGGCAGGAUGUCUUUGCUGGUGGUCUUCUAGGCAGCGUAAUGGCUACAUUUUGCUAUCUACAGUUCUUCCCUGCCCCUUAUCAUGCUGAAGGUUGGGGACCUUAUGCUUAUUUCAGGAUGCUGGAGGAGACACGAGGGCUGGCAAACCCAACACUUCCAGUGAACCAGCAAGCUGAAGAAAGUCACUAUCAGAUUGCCUGAGACACACCAUGCACGCACCAUACUCGUUGAAUUGGAAUCCGGAAGUGUGUAAAUUAAAAUGUGACUCAAAGAUAAAAUUUGGCCUGAAUUUUUUUUUAAUUUACUGGUUCUAAUUCAUUACACCAUGUUCAUGGUUUGAUCACAUUCCACGAGAUUUAUUGGGGUCAAGGACAAUGGUUCAGCAUGUAGCUCAAACAACAUCUUAGGAUAGUUACUUUUUGAAAUUUUGUACGAAAAGUUUGUGGGUUUGACUAUGCUUACUGAAUUUUUUCUGCAGGUGUAA